GAGGAGGAAGAUGGUGGCUGCGGGAGGAGCGGCCGGCUGCUGGGCUUUCCGCCCUGCGCUGCAUCGCCGCCCCCGCCGGAGCCGCCCUGCCUGCUGAGGAGGCGGCGCGGACCCGCACCAGCUGUGAUAGACAAAAUGUCAGCAGAAUAAGUGACCUACUCUCCAAAACUUGCCAUGAACCAUUUGGUUGGACCACCUGAGGGGGAGAUCAGUGAAGAGCCAGCAAACAGAUCAGUGAGUGAGUCAGUGGAAGCUGACCUGGAGCACUCAGAGGUGGAAGAGGAGCAGAGGUAUGCGGUUCGCUACCCAAGGCACACCAGCAGCAGCCACGUGGGCCUGUCUGGGCAGGAGGAGGAAGGCAUGUUAGCUCGGUCAGCCAGCACUGAGAGUGGUUUCCACAAUCACACAGAUACUGCAGAAGGAGAUGUGAUAGCCACAGUGGAGGAUAGUUAUGAUGUUGAGAGAGUGCAGGAAAAUGAGGAUGAGAGUGCAUAUGCAGUGCAGUACAGGCCUGAGUCUGAGGAGUACACAGAGAAUGCCGAGGCUGAGCAUGGCGAGGCCAUUCAUAACCGAACAUUGCCCAAUCACUUACAUUUCCAUUCCAUUGAGCAUGAGGAAGCCAUGAAUGCAGCCUACUCAGGUUAUGUCUACACACAUCGCCUCUUCCGCCGAGGAGAGGAUGAACAGUAUGCCGAGGCUUAUGCUGACUAUGGGCUGCAGGAGCAUGUGUAUGAGGAAAUAGGAGACACACCAGAUCUUGAUGUUAGGGAGGGCAUCCAGCAAUAUGAGCGGGAGAGGGAGGAAGCUGACAAUUACCGCAAGGAGGCACUUGGUGCCCGCCUUCACCAUUAUGAUGAACGGUCUGAUGGAGAGUCUGACAGCCCUGAAAAGGAAGCGGAGUUUGCACCUUACCCAAGAAUGGAUAGCUACGAACAAGAGGAGGACAUAGAUCAGAUUGUAGCAGAGGUGAAGCAGAGCAUGAGCUCCCAGAGCUUAGAUAAGGCAGCUGAAGACAUGCCAGAGUCAGAGCAAAGUUUGGAGCAUAGCCAGGCUCUUGUCAGCGGUGGGCAUGAAAGUAAUGGCCAGCUAACAUCUGGUUCUCGAGUUACAUCUGGCCCGGGAGAAUCUGUACAGCGGUACAGCAAGGAGAAAAGAGAUGCAAUUUCACUGGCCAUCAAGGAUAUUAAAGAAGCUAUUGAGGAAGUGAAGACAAGGACCAUCCGUUCUCCUUAUACCCCUGAUGAACCUAAGGAGCCUAUCUGGGUGAUGCGGCAGGACAUCAGUCCAUCCAGGGAUUCUGAUGACCAGAGGCCACUAGAUGGGGAUUCUCCAUCUCCAGAUUCCUCUUCACCUCGCGGUGCUGAAUCAUCAAGCAGACAACAUCACCAGGAUGCCUGCAGUACAGCAGAGGUUUCCACUAAUAAAGAGUCCAGAAGAAGCUUGGCUUCAUUUCCAACGUAUGUUGAAGUUCCUGGACCUUGUGAUCCUGAAGACUUAAUUGAUGGAAUCAUUUUUGCUGCCAAUUACCUUGGUUCAACUCAACUCCUUUCUGAUAAGACUCCAUCCAAGAAUGUGAGGAUGAUGCAGGCUCAGGAAGCUGUCAGCAGGAUCAAGAUGGCCCAGAAAUUAGCCAAAAGCAGGAAGAAGGCUCCAGAAGGUGAAUCUCAACCCAUGACUGAAGUGGACCUCUUCAUUUCUACACAGAGAAUAAAAGUACUGAAUGCAGACACACAGGAGACCAUGAUGGAUCAUCCCCUGCGGACCAUUUCUUACAUUGCUGAUAUAGGAAAUAUAGUUGUUUUGAUGGCUCGUAGACGAAUGCCACGCUCUAACUCCCAGGAUAAUGUGGAAGCAUCUCACCCCUCUCAAGAUGGAAAGAGGCAGUACAAAAUGAUUUGCCAUGUCUUUGAGUCUGAGGAUGCGCAGCUGAUUGCACAAUCCAUAGGUCAAGCAUUUAGUGUGGCCUACCAAGAAUUUCUGAGAGCAAAUGGAAUCAACCCAGAAGAUCUUAGCCAGAAGGAAUAUAGCGACUUGCUUAAUACCCAGGACAUGUACAAUGAUGAUCUGAUUCACUUCUCCAAAUCUGAAAAUUGCAAAGAUGUUUACAUUGAAAAGCAAAAGGGAGAAAUUCUAGGUGUGGUGAUUGUGGAGUCUGGCUGGGGAUCCAUUUUGCCUACAGUUAUCAUAGCCAACAUGAUGCAUGGAGGACCAGCAGAGAAGUCUGGGAAGCUGAAUAUAGGGGACCAGAUCAUGUCAAUCAAUGGGACCAGCUUGGUUGGUUUACCACUCUCAACAUGUCAGAGCAUUAUAAAGGGUUUGAAAAACCAGGCCCGGGUUAAACUGAACAUAGUUAGAUGCCCUCCAGUAACGACAGUCUUGAUCAGAAGACCAGACCUCAGAUAUCAGUUGGGCUUCAGUGUGCAGAAUGGGAUCAUCUGUAGCCUUAUGAGAGGAGGCAUAGCAGAGCGAGGAGGUGUGCGUGUUGGCCAUCGGAUCAUUGAAAUCAAUGGGCAGAGCGUUGUAGCAACACCCCAUGAGAAGAUUGUUCACAUUCUCUCAAAUGCUGUUGGUGAGAUCCAUAUGAAGACUAUGCCAGCUGCCAUGUACAGACUGUUGACUGCACAAGAGCAACCAGUUUACAUCUGAAGCUGACACCUCACCACCACAGUGUGCAUGGAAGAUGUUUUUCCUCAUUAGUGCUUGUCUCUCUAGUGGUGCAUUUCUGUGUCUGUGAAGACAUUUCUUUCUCUCUCUCCCCGCCAUCACAGAUACAAAUACACUGUUGCUCUCUCCUUCAUCCCUUUUUCCUCUUCUUCCCCCCAUUUUCCUGCAUUUUGUUAAGGGGCAAAAUGUAUCUGUGGAACUAUUUUGGUUGUGUCUUUUUACAAGUGAAACUUCAUACAGUUCCACAUGCAAAACAGGAAAAUAACAGCAGCACAGUUUACAGCAGUAUUCACAGAUGGAUCUGUUUCAUGCUACAUAAUCAGGUUUAUUUCUGUGGCUGUAAUUUUACAAACUGAGUAAAUUAAAUGUUGCUGAAUGAAAAAUUACUUUACCAAAUAGAUAGAAGUAUAGGGUAAAAGGUGUUCUCUUGGAUAUCCUGCCUGUGACUUUGCUUCUCUUGCCCUGUUUUCUCACAGGCACCAAGCUCAGUAAUAAAGGUUUGUGUCUGUGGGGAAAGUAGAAUACCAAAAGGAUUAUUUUGCCCUCAGGAAAAAUUGCCUGCUUAUGAAGACUCAGUAAAUGCUGCUGUUGUAAAAUGAAUUGUCCAAAUACACACCUUUUAAUUCCCCUCUGUCUUCAGUUCUUCAUGAUAGUAGGACUCCAAAAGAUACUCCAUCAAUUGCUAAAACAUGUUAUUCUUGCAUUACUUACACUAAGAAAUUUGGGAGGCAUUUUUUACAGCUGCCUCCCCCUCUCUGCCCCCAGGUUUCUAUCUCCUAGUUUUCUUCAGCUUUGUGUUUCAUAGUUCCUUCCUGAUUUUAGAGGUUAAAGAAGUGGGGGGGGAAAUCUUUAAAUAGCCACAAGAAAAAUAUUGAGGGGAUCUGCUGAAUAGCUACACUUUUUCUAGGCUCUUAAUUCUGAUUUUGGUGCACAUAGCCAUGUGUGCCAGUGUAUAUAGACAUUUUUAAAAUUGUGCUUCCUAUUUAUGAAGUUUGAAUAUAAGAGAUCUGCAGACUAUUCUCAGUAAUUUUGUUCUCUGAGCCAGUUUUAACAUAUAUUUUUGUCCAAAGACCUGUCUAAUUUUAUUGACUUCCUGUUUAGUUCAUGAUAUAGGUAACAGAUGAAAGGAUGAGGCAGGAAUAAACUUAUUUAUUUUGUUAUAUAAUUUAGCUUGUGAUUUUUUCCCAUAUGUAUGGCACUUACAAGAGAUAUGUGUGUACUAUAUGCACUUGUAUGAAGAUGAUUAACUGUAGGGAUGUAUGAAAUCUUGUAUUUGAUUAGCCUCUAAGUUGCAUGCUAGAGACAAAAGGGGAAAAGGGGGCUGGGUUGGGUUCUUUGGUUUUUUCAAGAGGGUUCAAAA